CAACAGCACAGUCUCUUGCUCUGAAGUGGAAGCAAGCAGAAAAGGAGACUAGUGUCGCCCUGAGGAGAGGACAGCUUAGAGCAGACACUCGCGCUGUUGGAGAUGUGGAAAUCUGUAGUUGGACAUGAUGUAUCUGUUUCCGUGGAGACCCAGGGUGAUGACUGGGACACAGACCCUGACUUUGUGAAUGACAUUUCUGAAAAAGAGCAGCGUUGGGGAGCCAAGACCAUUGAAGGCUCUGGACGUGCAGAACACAUCAAUAUCCACCAGCUGAGGAGUAAAGUGUCAGAGGAGCAUGAUGUUCUCAAGAAGAAGGAGAUGGAAUCAGGACCCAAAGCAUCCCAUGGCUAUGGAGGUCGAUUUGGGGUGGAAAGAGACCGAAUGGACAAGAGUGCUGUGGGCCAUGAAUAUGUUGCCGAGGUGGAGAAGCAUUCUUCACAGACUGAUGCUGCCAGAGGUUUUGGCGGGAAAUACGGAGUUGAAAAAGACAGGGCUGAUAAGUCUGCAGUUGGCUUUGAUUACAAAGGAGAAGUGGAGAAACACACGUCGCAGAAAGAUUACUCACGUGGUUUUGGUGGCCGUUAUGGAAUAGAGAAGGAUAAGCGUGACAAGGCAGCUCUGGGAUACGACUACAAGGGAGAGACAGAGAAACAUGAAUCCCAAAAAGACUAUGCAAAGGGCUUUGGCGGUCAGUAUGGAAUUCAGAAGGACAGAAUGGAUAAGAGUGCUGCUGGUUUUAGUGAAAUGGAGGCUCCAACAACAGCUUACCAGAAGACAACACCCAUAGAGGCUGCUUCUAGUGGUGCCCGUGGAUUGAAAGCAAAAUUUGAGUCUAUGGCUGAGGAGAAGAGGAAACAGGAAGAAGAAGAACAGGCAAAGAAAAUGGCCAAGCAACAGCAGGAGAGAAAGACCCUAGUAAAGAUAAGCCAUGAGACCCAGCCGCCAGCUACCACUGCAGGAGAGCCAGUGGUGCCAGCUCCGUUGCCUAAGAAAAUAUCUUCAGAGGCCUGGCCUCCAGCAGGAACCAGUCUCUCAUCAGAGCCUGACCCGAUGAAAACCGACAGGAAGCACCCAAUGACUGCUCUUCCCUCAAGGCAUAAUCCACCAGAGGACAAUGAGGAGCCCCCAGCCCUGCCCCCUAGGACUCCAGAGGGCUUCCAGCUACAGGAAGAGCCAGUGUAUGAAGUAGAGCCUGAGCCAGAAUAUGAAGCAGAGCCCGAGCCAGUGUAUGAAGCAGAGCCAGAGCCGGAGCUGGAGCCGGAGCUGGAGCCUGAGAAUGACUAUGAGGAUGUUGUGGAAGUGGGUGCCCAUGAGCAGGACGCUGGGCCAGAGGGGGACUAUGAGGAUGUUUUGGAGCCAGAAUCUUCUUUCCCCUCCACUGUGCCUGGAUCAGCAGGCUGCCCAUCUGGGACUGGGGCUGGACUCUCAGCUGUAGCUCUCUAUGACUACCAAGGAGAGGGAAGCGACGAGAUUUCCUUUGAUCCAGAUGAUGUCAUCACUGAAAUUGAGAUGGUGGAUGAGGGCUGGUGGCGUGGACGUUGCCGUGGACACUUUGGACUUUUCCCUGCAAAUUACGUUAAGCUCCUCCAGUAACCAGCACCCCCCACCCCGUCUUCUGUACUGUGACAUCUGGUGUCCAAAAUGACUCUGUUUGUACCCUUUCAUUCUUGCUGCAGUUGAAACAAUGUCAAGAGUUUCCCGAGGCUCUUACACAGGUUUUCCUGGCUUGAAGUAGAGGGAGCUAGAGGAAGGGAUCUUCUCCCUCCAAGUCCCGCUCUACCCUAAUGGGUUCACUAACGUAUGUUACAGUCUCCAUCCCCAGGAUUUUCCUCUAACACUUCAAGAUCUUGCUUGCUUCCUGUUUAUGAGUUCUGUGCUUCGCAGUUGGCUCAUAUAGGAAGGUCUGUCCAGACUGCUUGGUUUGCCUGGCUGUGCUGUCUGACCACUUUCAUUCCCUGUGGAGAUAUACCUGAAUCUUCUCUCUAUUCACUCCUCCAAUUGGAAAUAAAGUGUGGUUUAU